GACUGAGGGAUGAUCUCCAGAGCGGGGUGCACCCACUGCGGCCGAGCCAGGGCCACGCUCCCGCAGCGGACGAGGGCGGGAGCCGCCCCUGGCGGAGCCUCAAGCAGCGCCUGGACUACAGGCAGGAGAUGGAGGCCGCCAGGAUGGAGCGCGCCGACCUGGAGGGGCAUCACCUGCGCAGGUGUAGCCGAAGAAUGUGCGCGCUGGACUCCGAGCGCGAGGGGCUGCGCCGCGAGCUGCCGGGUCAAGUCCCCUGCAGCCUGGCGCGGCCGCCAGAGGCGGGACGCGCCCUCGCGGCGCGCUCCGCACCAGGGACGCCCGCGCUGUCCGGCCGCCGCCCGGCCCCGGCGCCCUGGCUGGCCCGCAACAGCCACGGCGUGCUGGUGGUGCCCCCGGUGCUCCUGCGGCCCCCGACACCGCUGACGUCCUCGGCGCGGGCGCAGAAUCCGGGGGAAGAUCGCGCCGCUGCCCGAGCUCGGGGGCGCGGAGGGGGACGGCGCCGCCUGCUGCGGGGGCGCGCCCGCGGCGCAGUGAGGCGCCGCGCUCUCGUCGCGCCCCUGGGCGCGGAUCCGGGGGAGAGCCGCCGGGCGGGACGUGGUGGGGCAAGGGGGGGUCGUAGCCCCGCCGCCGAGCAUGCAUGCACAUUCACGCACAGCCAGCUGUUAGAUGCGUGCCUCGUAAUUAAACGGUUUGAGGGUGCCCUCGCAGCAGGCAGGCACAGUCCGCCAGGGUGGAGGAUGACCUGUCUCGUGUAUAGCUCCUUUCUCCUCCCUCUCCUCGCUCUUUCUGUCUUCCUCUGA